AUGGCCGACAAGCCCCGUGUCUGUCUCGCGUACUCCGAGGAGGGCUAUGAUGUCGUUUGCUUCCUCGCCAAUGUCGGUCAGGAAGAGGACUGGGCCGCCGUCGAGGCCAAGGCCCUGAAGAUCGGUGCGAAGAAGAUGAUUAUCGAGGACCUCCGCCGCGAGUUCAUCACCGAGCUGUGCUUCCCCGCCAUCCGAACCUCUCUGGCACGCCCCGUCAUCGCUCGCGCCCAGAUGCGCGCUGCCCAGCGCGAGGGCUGCCAGUUCGUCUCCCACGGUGCCACCGGCAAGGGUAACGACCAGGUCCGCUUCGAAUUGGCCUUCUACGCCAUCCAGCCUUCGAUCAAGAUCAUUGCCCCCUGGCGUGAUCCCAAGUUCUUCCAGCGCUUCGCUGGUCGCAACGAUCUCCUUGACUAUGCUGCUCAGACUGGCAUCCCCGUCACCUCCACCAAGGCCAAGCCCUGGUCCAUGGACUCCAACUCUGCUCACUGCAGUUACGAGGCCGGUGUCCUGGAGGACCCUAACCACACUCCCCCCGCCGACAUGUGGACCAUGACUCAGGACCCCAUGAACGCCCCCAACGAGCCCACCGACAUCACCAUCCACUUCGAGCAGGGUAUCCCCGUCAAGGUCGUUACCCCCGACGCCACCUACACCGACCCCGUCGAGCUCUUCAACGCUCUUAACAAGCUCGGCAACAUCCACGGUGUUGGCCGUAUCGAUAUUGUUGAGAACCGUUUCAUCGGUCUCAAGAGCCGUGGCUGCUACGACUGUAGGUUACAAGAUUUCCGCGGUAUUUCAGUGUUUGAGACUGACAAUCGCGUAGCGCCCGCCAUGACCAUCCUCCGUGAUGCUCACCUUGACCUUGAGGGUCUCGUCCUGGAUGGCCAGGUCCGUGCCCUCCGUGAUCAGUUCGUCACCCACAACUGGUCCAUCCAGCUCUACAACGGCUACUACUUCAGUGCCGAGCGUGAGUUCAUCGAGAACAGUCUGAAGUUCUCUCAGCGCCGCGUGAACGGAGAGGUCCGCCUCCGCCUCUACAAGGGCCACACUUACAUCCUCGGCCGCUCCAGCAGCACCGAGAAGCUCUACUCUGAGCAGGAGGCCUCCAUGGACUCCCUGGAGGACUUUGAGCCUACCGACACCACCGGCUUCAUUGCCAUCUCUUCCAUCCGUCUGAAGAAGUACGGCCUCCAGAAGGCCGAGGAGGGCGAGAGCCUGAGCCGUGCUUAA